GUAGUUGCGAAAUAUCCUGCGGGUAGGCAGUCUAGUCGGCCACACCGAACAUUUCCCAGACCAAAAGCGGCCAGCCACCUACCUUGCUAUCAAAAUGGGUGUCGGCCGUCGCAUGCAAAAACAGGGUCCUCCCGAACCUCUGUCGGAAGCACAUUAUGCCAACCUGAAGCGGAAAAAGGGCAUUCCCGUCGAAGACGCUCCGGCUGAAUUUCCGUCGAGCAAGAAGCCGAGGCGGGGGAGCCAGGCGGCGAUCAAGGCGAACAAGGCCAGAGCCGAGGCGUCAAAACCGACCUCCAAGCAAGCCAAAGGCGCAAAUCGGGAACCGAUUGCCCUGAAAGAUGGCAAGAAGACGGCGGGCUCAAAGUCUAAGAAGGCGCCGGCGCCUGCGCCCGGGUCCGGCUCAGACGUGGAGAUGGACGACGAGUUUGGCGCAUCUGACCUAGAUCAAGCAAUUGGAAGCGGAGAUGAGAUGGACGUUGCAAAAGCCGGAGAUAAAUUCUUCGCCUCAGAUGACUCGGUGUACGACUCGGACCAGGAUGCGGCAAAGAAGGAAACAUUUUUCUUCUCUGACGACGAGGACGAGGACGACGAAGACCGAGAAGAGAAGCUGACGGCCGCCAAUAUCGAAGGCCUCUCGAAGAAACUCGACGACAAGCUCGCAGAAGAGGCAGCAGACAACGAGGCCGAACUGCGCGACGGCGCCCUUCAGACCAACAUUGACGGCGACAAGCCCAAUGUCCUAGGUGAUGACGACGACGACGAGCUUUCGUCCAAGACCAAAAAUCUGCUAGCGCCAGACCUACAGAUGCUGCGGAUCAGGAUAACGGAAGCAAUCCGGGUGCUUGAAGACUUCUCGAAUCUCGCGGAGGAGGGUCAGAGUCGGGCCGAGUACACCAGCCAGUUACUGAACGACGUCUGCGCCUACUACGGCUACAAUGAGUUCUUGGCAGAGAAGCUUAUGAAUCUAUUCCCAGUAAGGGAGGCGUUUGCAUUCUUUGAAGCCAACGAGAGCGCCCGUCCAGUCGUCAUUCGAACGAACACGCUGAGGACACAUCGUCGUGAUCUUGCGCAAUCUCUCAUCAACCGUGGUGUCACGUUGGAGCCAGUUGGCAAGUGGUCAAAAGUUGGUCUCCAAGUCUUCGAUUCCAAUGUACCGUUGGGAGCGACGCCCGAGUAUCUAGCGGGCCAUUACAUUUUGCAAGCGGCUUCGUCUUUCUUGCCCGUCAUGGCAUUGUGCCCCCAGGAGAAUGAGCGUGUUCUUGAUAUGGCAGCUGCUCCCGGAGGCAAGACAACGCACAUGGCCGCUCUGAUGAAGAACACCGGUGUUAUCUUUGCCAACGAUCCGAGCAAAUCUCGUUCCAAGGGUCUAAUAGGCAACAUUCACCGACUCGGCGCAAGGAAUACGAUUGUUUGCAACCACGAUGCGCGGGAAUUUCCCAGGGUAAUGGGAGGGUUUGACAGAGUUCUUCUUGAUGCUCCGUGCUCAGGAACCGGAGUUAUCGCCAAAGACCCCUCUGUCAAGACCAACAGGGACGAGAAGGAUUUCCAAGUGCUACCGCAUACGCAGAAGCAGCUGCUUUUGGCGGCCAUCGACUCUGUAAACCACGCCAGUAAGACUGGCGGCUAUCUUGUCUACUCGACAUGUAGUGUGGCAGUCGAGGAGAAUGAGCAAGUUGUCGCGUACGCACUCAGCAGGCGGCCCAAUGUCAAGCUCGUCGAGACUGGCCUUCCUUUUGGCAAGGAAGGAUUCACUAGCUUUAUGGGCAAAGAAUUCCCCCCCAGUCUUAAAAUGACCCGCAGGUUUUACCCCCACCUGUACAAUGUCGACGGAUUCUUCGUUGCCAAGUUCCAAAAGACGGGCCCUACGCCCCCUAAUGCUGUCAUGGCCAGCAAGGACAAGAACAACAACGCCAAGCCCCGCAGCUCUACUGCCACUGACGAGAACAGCGUCGUGGAUAAGACGCCCAUCACUGAAGAGGGAGACAACGACGAGGAUGGGUUUGCCGAGUUUGAUGAUGAGGAGGAUAAGGAUUACAUGGUUCGCGCCAAGCGCAAUGCCAUGCGGAGGAGAGGACUGGAUCCCAAGGCUCUAAACAAAAAGGCGCCUACAAAUGGGAAGGAGUCCGAGAAAAAGGCGAAGGCAGUAGAGGAAAAGGGGAAGGAAGCAGAGAAAAAGGUGUAGGGACAGAUGAGCAAUUCUGAUCUAGGUAUCCGGCCAUAAUAGAUGUAGAUUGGUGUAAAAUCUUCACGUCAUCUGCCUAUUGCACUUACGCUUGCUUGAAAUGAUGGGAACACAAUACUUGA